AUGUUAUUCACUCAGAUUUUAAGGCAGUCUGCUGAACAAAAAAAUGGAAAUGUUGACUCGCCAAAUGUCUCCUCCAAGAUUAAGAGUACACCUAAGUAUGUCCAAAAUGUGCCAACAAAAUCUAAUGUGGCGGUAAAUCUUGUCGUGAAUUCAUUGUUUGCUUUAGGGUUGUACUGUCUAUACAAAGAUUACACUAUCACAAAACAGAGGAAUGAAUCCACAGGCACGGUGAAAAUCAUCGACCAACCUUCUAAUAAGGUGAGCUCCAAAGAGCCUUCGGAAAUACAAAAUGCAAGUACAUUUCCCCUAGUGUUGCAUUCAUUAACUUACAGGGAUCUUUCUGCAUUAACUGUUACGAUGGGAUUUUUAGGUUACAUUACAGAGGCCGCCCGUCAGUCCUUCGGUAAAAAGUCCUUGGUUUACAGAAUAUCCCUAUUCAGUUUAGUACUUUUCCCAACAUCAUCGUACUUCUUGUAUCAAUCCAGGUAUGACAAGACAAAAGGCCAAACGACGCUGGUUUAA